GGGGGGGAGGGGGUUGAGCGUCCCCCGGGUUCUUGGCAGCGCGUGAGACCCCGAGGGCAAAGGUAGGAAGGAGCCGAGCUGGCUGCUGGGUUGUGCACGCUGCAGGAAGCGAAGGGGCGAAGUCUGCAAAGCCCAGCUGGGGGGCUGAGAAGCACAUGGCCUGUGGCCCCCCCGAGUGGCCUGUGGGAGGCAUCCGGCCUCUUUCUGCACUCGCUUAAAAACACCCAAUACCGGAGCAUCGGAAGGAUGUUCCCCUAAAAUACAUCCAGAUAAUGCAAGGCUUCCUCCCACACCAGGAAGCAAAUGCUCCCCACCUCCACAGUGAGCAAAUCGCCUUCCACAGGGGGCCAGAGCUUGGGGGAGUCUAGUUGAAAAGAGGAUUCCCGUGGAGUUUGUUUUAAUUAAGCUUAUAAAGGAUUCUUUGUCAUUUCUGCAAAGUCUAAUGGUUUUUUUUAGCGAGGAUGCAGGAUGUCUAGGGUUUUCUGUGCCCCUCACGGCCUAUCCAGGUGGAGUGCUAGCAGAUGAAUCUGUGCUAAGAACUGAACUCUGCGUCCUAGUUUUCCCAUCUGUAAAAUGGGAAUCAGCCUGUGGUGGAGUGUUAAAAUGAACGAGUGGGCGCCCAUAGCGAAAGAGUAUGACCCCCUCAAAGCAGGGAGCAUUGAUGGCACAGAUGAAGAGCCCCAUGACCGUGCCAUUUGGAGGGCCAUGUUGGCACGGUACGUACCUAAUAAGGGGGUUACAGGAGAUCCCCACCUCACUCUGUUUGUAGCAAGACUGAAUCUACAAACCACAGAGGAGAAGCUGAAGGAAGCCUUUUCCAGGUAUGGAGACAUUAGGAAGAUUCGUCUGGUUAGAGACUUGGUCACAGGUUUUUCCAAGGGCUAUGCGUUUAUAGAGUACAAAGAGGAACGGUCGCUCUUGAAAGCCCAUAGAGAUGCCAACAGGCUGGUUAUUGACCAGCAUGAGAUAUUUGUGGACUUCGAGCUGGAAAGGACCCUCAAAGGAUGGAUCCCUCGGAGACUUGGAGGUGGUUUUGGAGGCAAGAAGGAAUCCGGGCAGCUGCGGUUUGGAGGGCGGGACAGGCCUUUCCGAAAGCCCAUCAAUUUGCCAACUAUGAAAAGUGACUUCUAUGGAGAGGGGUCAGUGGAGAAAAGAGAGAGGAGCUGGUCUCGUGAGGGAGCGAGGGACUGGAGAGCGAGGGACCGAGACCCUGAAAGGAACCGAGACAAGAGAUGGCUGGAAAGGGAGCGAUCGUGGGCUUGGGGUGAAAGCAACCGGGAAAGAGAGCGGGAUUCCAAAGAGGAAAGGAGCAGAGGAAGAGAGAGGAAGGACAGAGAGAGAAAAGACAGGGAAAGAGACCGGAGCAAGGAGAGAGACCCUAAGAAGCAGAGAGAUGACGACAAACAUCGGUAGAAGAAAGAUCCGUUAAGCUGAACACCCAUGAACUGUGGGGAAGUUUACAGCCAGACCCCUCCAAAACCUUCUGAUUCAAACAAUCCUGAACUGAGGUCAGGUUCUAAACCAGGCAUGGGCCCGCCUCUGGUUUAAGAAAGCUCUGAGCACAGAUUCAACCUGUGGCUUUGCUGCGGGCUUCCAGCCUGCAAGGAGUCCUGCUAAUCACCUGGAACUAGAUCCUCAGCGGGUGUAAAAUUGGAUAGAGCCACUGUCUUCACCAAAGCUGGGCCAGCCAAGCAGCUGGCCCAUUGUCUCUGGUUUAUUGUCCUUCAGGUAAUUUCUAUGGUGGUUUUGCCAGAAAGAGGGGACAAUGACUCCUGCAGUAACCUGUACCUGUGUUGAGUUGUGACUCUCUUAUUUAUAGAGCUUUUGUUCUUUGUCUCAUGUAUUAUGUGGUAUCUGCCUUUUCUUUGGUUUGAUUCCCCACCCCCACCUUGUUAAAUUUAAAAUUUAAAUUGUUCUUUGUGUGCAAGCAAAUCUUCCUGUAGGUGUAUUUUAAGUAUGCAGUGACUGUCUCCUUUCCUUCUGGAGGUCAGGACUGUAGCAGGAUUCCUUAACAUGGUUCAAACCAUUCUAUACAGGCAAGGCCAACAUCUCUUAUAAACAGGACAGAGCCCCAGUUCUGUUAUGACAUGAUUCCCCCUUACUCAGUAGUUUACCUCUAUAGAUGGGCCCUUAUCCUGUGUUAGAUUCAGCAUAGCCCUCCCCCACUCACUCAGUUUGGAGCUGAGCGUGCUGCAGCUGGCAUUGGUAUCAUAGUCCCAGCCUUCCAGAUAUUGACAGGAGUCCUGCAGGAAAAAGAGGAGAGCCAGAACUGGGCAUUCACAGCAAAAGUGUUAGAAGGCAGAUCUUAAGACACAGCCAAUUAUUUUAUUUGUUGCUCUUCAGAGGUUUUCUUUACGCAAAGUCUCACUAAUGUGUUUUAUAGAGCGGAGUGGAGGGGUAGCAGGAUCUGGGAAAUAACAAAAGCAUUGGAAAGCACACAGUAUUGCAUUUACUGCAUCUGAUGGUAUCGGGCUCUAUGUAGUUCCAUUUCUAAGAACGUUAAGGAACCAGUAAUCACUGUUUGCUGUGGGUUCUCUAUUAUACUUUGCUGCGGGGAGACCCAAUGGAAUGUACAAGUUGUAUGUACCUAUGAAAAUAAAAAGGAAAUGUUUAAAAAAAUUUUAACUACACGAUACUUGGCAUUCUGUAAGGAACACCAGACUUACAGAUGUGCCUGUAUUCACACCUAAUUCAGUGGGAUGCAAAAUGAAACAUGUGUCCAGGCUUCUUGGCUAUUGAGAGAAUGGCUUGUUUGUAUAUGAGAGAGCCCGGCCCUUAAAUAUUUCCUAUAUAUGCCAUGUGCUCAUAUGACAGACUGAUGAAGUCACCUAUUGAAGAAAUAUCUGUAAAAUCAUCAUCUUUGGCUUUUGCAAAUGUUUCACACAAUAUAAAACGGAUAGGAAAUGAUUCAGCUGCUUGAGAGAUAUGGGGAUAGACAUAAUGUUUGUUUUUGACUGGUGUUGGGUGCAAUGGGGAAACAUGCCUUAGAAAUCUUUCUUUUAAUGGAUAGCUGCUUCAUUCAAUCCUCGCCUUUAACUAGCAGAACUUGUAUGUUCUAGACAUAGAGAUACAUGAGGGCAGAUUGCAGGUCACAUGACUUCUCAGGUUAAUUUCCAGCAGCUGUUGCGGCUAUAGCACAUCCCAAUGUAAAGUCUAUGGAGAGCGCCCAGUCAAAGCAAAGUGACCCGACUUUCAUCUGUGUAUUCCUUUGUUUUGAAACUCCUGCUUUAGCUUUCAGAAUGAUGUCCCUGGACCAGCCAGUGGGACAGUUAUGCAAUGUAAUACAACAGCCAUGUAACCUGUUGUCGACCCUUUGUACCACCACAGCUGCUGUUGGGUGCUUCUCCCAUAUGGGUGCAAGAAUUAUGUAGUUUGUAAUUUUGUUAUUGUCCCUCCUUGUCUCCUGCUC